GUCAGAUUGAACGUGAGGGUAUAAAGGCCGCUGUACUCGCUGUGUACUUUAUCUAGAGUUCACUCGCUCCGUGGUCUUCUCACUGUGUGCAUAACAGGCGCUCGGAACCUCUACAUUUCUCACAAAGCCGUAUUUCCAACAUGACAGCCAUGUUCAGGACAGCAUUCUGCGCGAUGAUAGCCCUGGUGUCAGCACUAGCCGCCAGUCAGAGCUCCACCACCGCUAACCUGGAGGCGCUACUCCGGGACCACUUCAGCACCAACCGCCAUCACGUGACCAGCCUGCCGGGCAAGACGGCCGCGCGAGACUUCAUUUACGACACUUGGAGGGUUUACGGCAUGCAGGUGUUCCUGCACAAUUUUCAGACUACAAACAGGCAGUACACGGGGGCUAACGUGGUGGGACUGUGGCCGGGCCGCUUCACGGGGACCUCAGGGGACCGACCCGUCCUGCUGUCCGCCCACUACGACACCAUGCGCGACACCCCCGGCGUGGACGAUAACGGGUCCGGGCUGGCCGCCCUGCUGGAGUCGGCCCGCCUCAUCACCUCACAGCCCUGUCUGCAGGACUACACCGUCGUCUUCACGGCUUUCGAUCUGGAGGAGUGGGAACUCGCUACCGCCGCGGGUUCGGCCUGUAACAGCCUGGGCUGCGGCAGCCGGGAGUUCGUGAACACUAUCCUCCUGCCGUACCUCGCUCAGACAGGCGUGGAACCUGACGACUUCAUGGGCGCCGUCGUCAUGGAUACCAUCAUGAACUACAACAGCAGCCGAGAGGCUCAGGUCAUCCCAGGGGGGCAGAUUUUCGGAAUGGCGCCAGGAUUGACCCAGGCGUACGCCAGCAUCUCUAACGGAGAGUUCCGGGGAGAUUUCCUCGCCACCAUCUCCCGAGAGCCGGACGACUUCCCGCUCCUCAACACGUUCAACAAGCGGUGGGCGGGACUGGACAACCCGCAGUACAAAACACAUUCCCUGCAGAUUCCCAUCAGCGACGUUGUGAACGAUCUGCCCGCGAACCCCUACGCGCAAGUCUACCAGGCGCUCAUCCGAGGGGACUUCUACAACUUCUGGGCGGGCAACUACAACCUCACGGCCAUGUUUCUGACAGACACAGGUGACCUGCGCGGCGGCAUGCAGAGCUGUUACCACCACGGCUGUGACGACAUGUCCAGGGUCACUCCGGAGAGACUCAGCUUCCUCAAGAAAACAACGGACGCUGUCUCUGGGAUGCUGUGGGAACUCGCCAAUGGCCCCACGUGCAGAGGAACCGCAGUUCCCCAAGACUUCAAGACAGGUCUGCGCAUGACAGGAAACCUGGUGCUUCCCUACGCGCCAAACGACUUCCGCUUUACGGUGACGUCAUAUAACACAGACGAAGUCGUCAUGGCAACGUUCUCUAACGACACCUUGACACUCAGCCUCGCAGGUCGGUUCGACCACGAGACCCUCCAGUUGACCUUUCGCCUGUCCGAGCCAACCAAAGCGUUUCCGGGUCAAAUCGAUCCGCUACAGACCAUGGCAUGGGUCAUGUCCGGUCAGCUGAUGACCGUGGAAGGGAGCCUCGUCUACACUGGGCAGGUGCAGGGUCUCUUCGGGCCGCAGGGAGGCGCUGUGUCCUUUGCGUUCCUCAGUUCAGCAAAUGACGGCACAGGCGUGUCCACCCUGUCUAUAAUCCUUUUCGUGUCGUCUGGAGUUCUGUUCUUGCUGGCCAUCGCCUUGUAUGCUUACACUAUCUGCAAGACGCGAAAAGUGGACGAACCUUUCAGCCAGGACCAGCCUAUAUAACGCAUGCGCGAACUCCAGUAGAACACGGAGUGGUGGAAAGAGACAAAGCGACGCAUUGAAAAUCUAAAAUUUUGUAUUUUCUAACGUGGAAUUUUAUUGAGAAUCUCCGUUCGAUAUUUAUUGAUUUAUAUUAUACGUUUCUCUCUUUAACCAAGUAGAAUAUUCAGGAUAAGAUACUUUUGAAAAAGCCACUUUUUGAAGUGCUGUGUUACGUUUUUAUACGUUAUGACUAUUGAUUCAUGAUGUAGACAAUUUGUUGGAAAUGCGAGUAAACCAAAUGAUCACAUAGAUCAAAAGAUGCUGUAGAUUUCUGUCUGGCCUAUUUCAACGAGUGAACGGCAAACGCAUAAACACGUUUGAUUCACUUUGUAUCAAAUUGCUGUAUGUGACGAACGUAACAUUCACACAUAUGAUAUACUUAGUAGUAGAGAACUAUUCAAAUCAGUAAAGAUCAUUUCCAUCAUGCUCCAACUUCUCAUCAACGAAACACUUCUUUAUUCUCAGUUGUACUUGCAUUGACGGCUUUCAUACAAUCCAUAUGCAUAGAGCCACGGACAUUGAGAGUUACAGGGAAUACAAUAGAUGCUAUAUGUUCAUUUAAGAGCAGCGAUAAUAACAUCUCAAGAUAUCUAUUUACAUCCACAACAUCUAUUAUGGUAAGCACGGAUAAUUUCGUCGUUGUAACAUUUUUCUAUUGUGAUUAAUACAUCAUUGUGUUCGAGCAGCAAGGAAGACUCAUUAAAGACUGAACUAGAUUGCUGAAACUUUUCUUCAUCAGCGUUCUACUUUCCUUUCCUUUGUUUACCGCAUACGUACUGAAUAUAUUAGUUACAAUACCAUUAAUAUAUAUGUACAUAAUUUGAUAAAGCCAUAGUCCUGUUUUACUUUUACAACUUCCUGUUUGUAAACUCCAUCUGCUUAAUGUUUGCAGUCCACGAGCAAUAUCUGUUUAUGAUAACAUAUUAAUAUGUAUUAUAUACAUUUGGACAUAAUACAUCUAAUCUAGUAGUGCUGAACACUCAACAUGAGUGCUCUUACGGCAUUUGCGUAGCGUGCAUUUCGCAUCGAUGUCACAUCCCUAAUAUGUAGCCGAUUUAUACACUUACUUCAUGUAUCUUAGUGGACAUCUUUGAACCAUUGGACACUGAUGAGUAUUCUAAGACACACCAACUUUCUUAGACUUAGAUAUCUAUAGAUAUACUGACAUCAUGUUGCUUCCAAAUUCAUAACAUCAUAAGGCAUAAAGGUUUUUUCUGUGUCUAAACUGGGCUCUCCGUAUACAUGCCACUCUUAAUAUCUUGCUUUUUUCGAUUCUAUGUAGAAAAGUAGAACUAACUUAGAGGCAGACUCAGUAUAAUUAAGUUCAUUUACCUACCUCGAUCGCUGUACACAUUCUCCUGAGCAGGUUCGGAAAAAGUAGAUACCCUGUAUCUAAACUGGAUCAAUUCUGCCUUAAGCCAGUUGUACCUACUAAAAGCGUGUCUUCGCAAAAUCUGUUUUCACGGAAAUGAUGAUCCUUUGCCACCAUUGAAAAUCUGACAAUUUAUCAUUAAUUUCUAUAUAGCAGCCUUUGUCUCUAACCUUAUCCACAAUGCCAUGCGGAGCGGGAACAACAAGGUAGCUCAUAACAUUAGUUUAUGACACACUUUCUCUUAGUUUAGUUUUGUACAUCCUUUCCCCGUUUUUCUUCAUUCUGCCUUGGAGGUACUUUUGCACCGAUGUAGUGCAAUACGUUUAGGUUACCAGUGAAUUCAAGUAGCCAAUUUCAAAAAGAUAUACAAACAAGCAAAAACAUGUUUGAAAAUUGCCUUAGUUACAAUAUACUGAAAGUUUAAAUCUACUGAAUGGUCCGUAUAAUGUUGUCAUUUAAUAAAAGAGGAACAUGACGAUGUAGUACUGCAAAACAUUGUUUCUAAAGAGCUUCAGCUCUUGGAUGCAACGCUUUUUCUAACGAAUAAUCAAUUUGAUAAUAAAGGCAUACAAUAUUUCUAAGACGUUCGUCAUGACCCUGACUUGGGUUCGGUGGAUAUUGGGGACUUGGGCAGACUCGCCAGCUCGACCGUAUCGUCCAUGACAGUGUAGUAGGACGUCGGGCCCUUGUUCAGGAGAGUGUCACGCUUGGAGCAGCACCACCGGCACCACCAGUACGGUUGAGAGUUCG